AUGGUCUCCAAAAGUCUGCUGGCUCUGGUGUUGAGCGCUAUUUCCUUGACUGGCGUGGAAGCCAGGGCCUGUAUCAAGCGCAGCUCCAGCCUUUCUCUCACGGAUCUGCCUUCACCAACGUCUUCCAUCCUGAGUACUCCAACUCCUAUCGUCUCUCUUUCAACUCCGGCAUCCAACGACAUUGUCUCAACCCCGUCAACUGAAGCCUCCCCGAUUUCCGAGACUCCCUCUUCGACAAUAGUGGCAACAACCCCUUCCACUGAUCUCUCUGAUGUCCCCGCGACUCCAAUUAUCACUCCCUCCACGGAUGCCUCGUCCACCACGCCGGUUAUCACGCCCUCUACCGACCUUCCGGUAACCACUCCUGCAAUCACUUCUUCCACUAUCGCCUCGUCUACUACCCCAGAAGUAGCCUCUUAUACCCCGGAAGUAACUUCUUCUACCGCCGUUUCAUCUACUAUUCCCUCGACCACUCUUAUGACCUCGACUACAUCGGCCGCUCCUGUGUGCACUCCGAGCAACCUGGUCUCAAACCCUAGCUUCGAGCAAGGCAUCAACCCCUGGAUCAACUUCCAAGGUGGACUGGCUUCCUCGAGCGGAGCCGUGACAGCCAAGGACGGAAACUCCUACUUCAUCGCCGCCCUCACUUCCUCCAACAACUUCAUUUCCGUCCGCCAGACACUGCAGAUGGAAAUAGGGCAAACAUACGAUGUCAAGGCGUACUAUGCCCUGGGAGCGCACCAGAACUUUGGCUCGGGUUCCUGCCAGCUUCAGCUCACAAUGGGCGGCGACCUCCAGGGGGCUGUGCUUACUUUGACGCCGGCGACUGUCGGACAGUGGAAUCUCUUCGAAAGAACCUACGUCGCAACGGACACCGAGGUUGUCAUUCGAUAUGUCUUUACCUGCUCCGGUGUCACGAGUGUUGAUGGUCUGCUGGACCUGAUCACAGUUCCUUUGGCUUGCCCCACGACUCCUGCCGCGACUACCUCAAUUGUUACCGUCCCUUAA